AUGGAACCUUUCUCCCUUAACUCUCCCGGGUUUGUUAACCUAUUAGCUUCGCAGAGCAGUCCACCAAUAGACGUAGACUCUGCUGAGGCAGCUAGUAACUCUCCCGGGUUAGUUAAACCACUGGAAAGGAGAAAGUGGGGACCCAAAGAAGACCUUGUGCUCAUUAGUGCUUGGUUGAACACGAGCAAGGAUCCCAUAGUCAGUAAUGAGCAGAAGGCAGGAGCGUUUUGGAAGAGAAUAGAGGAGUAUUUCAAUUCAAGCCCUCAGCUCAUUGGCUCCGUUUCUAGAGAGUGGAGUCAAUGUAAGCAGAGCUGGGGAAGAGUGAAUGAGCAGGUGUGCAAGUUUGUGGGAAGCCAUGAAGCUGCUUUGAAGGAGCAAGCGAGUGGCCAAAAUGAGAAUGAUGUCAUGAAGGCUGCCCAUGACAUCUUCUUAAAUGACUAUCAUGUCAAGUUCACCCUUGAACAUUGCUGGAGGGAACUGAGGUUUGAUCAGAAAUGGAGAUCACACUCUUUCUCGAGAGAUGGUGCAAAGGAGAAAAUGAAGGAAGCAGGUCCGGAGGUGGUGCCUGAAGAGGAAGAGGUUAGGCCUCCUGGUGUUAAGGCUAGCAAAGCAGCCAAAUGCAAAAAGCACGGGAAUGAAGCAGCUUUUGAUCAAAUACAAAGCAUGCUAGCUCUGAAAAAUAACAUUUCCAAACAAAAGAUCCUUUAUCGUCUCCUAGCCAAAAACGAAGACACACUUUCUGAUCAAGAAGUGUCUCUUAAGAAUAAAUUCAUCUCUGAAAUGCUUUGA